ACUAAUAUUUUAGUGGCUGGCAAAAUAAACAUGGCGGACGACACAGCGGAAGAAAUAUCACUUAUUUCUCUCAGUUUGAACGGGCAGAUUAAGACGGAACAUGCUCGACAAACAAAGGAAAGAUUUUGCUGUGGUUACUUGCUUGGUAGAAUUCUUGCAACGGAAAUCAAAAUUUAUGACCUUCUUGAAUUAGAUCUAACAGUGUUUGAAAAUGUUGACGUCACUACACCACCCUCUGAUCUUAUUUUAUCAGAGUUUGCGUCUAUAAGAGCUUCAGUUCCAGUUGGUAUUGACUUUGUUGGGGUAUUCAUCACUCAACCUGAAAAUGGAAAUUUGGAGGUGGCAGAACAUCUUUUAAGAAUUUUAAAGCAACAAGAAGACAUCAAAUACGCGGCAUUGUUUGCUGUGUAUCUCAUUAAACCCACAAGUUGUUCGUGGCACGUGUCUUAUGACGGCGACAAUUUCUCAUAUGUCGAAAACACGGCCGUGUGCAACGACGACGUGUCGUUACAACCGCUGUUUAGAAUUCGUCAGGACAUCAUCGUGAAUUGGCUGACCAGUUCCGGGGGAGAGGGUCUGCAACACGAAAUAGAUAAAAUUGACUCAGAAUUGAUUGGACAUAAGCCAGCCUUCCUGAUAGAGCCAACUCGAACUAUUUUAUACGAUGACGAUUACGGCCAAACCUUACCGGAUGUUUUAUGCGAAGAGAUAGUGGAUGAGUUGAAGAAGGAAUUGGAUGUAAAACAAUGGCCUGAAUCAAAACCGCUUGGUAAUGUUAUUGACGUAACGAGCUUGGUCAGAAUCAGUACGGAAGGUUCGUCGAAUUUGUACGAAACGACCGAAAGUAGCUUGGAUGACGACAGUGACGAAAAUAUAUGCAACGUGCCCAUCCUGUGGUCGCGAACAGUGUCGGGUGAAAGCUGUAGUUUAAAGUUGUGCAUCGAUGCGCUAGUCACAGCGCCGUUGGACACGCCAUCCAACAAACUUUUAUAUAUGUUUCGUGAUGCAGUGUUUCGGCAACGUAACGCGUUAAGUUUACGCAUAAAAGUUGACAAGCAGAAGUGGCUUUUCCGCCCUGUUCAUUUCCAAUCAGAAUUCACAUCUGGCGUAACAAUAACUGCUUUUUUGCCGUACAUCGAUUUUAAUGGUGCUACUGUUGCAGAUGACACCUGCAUCCAACACAGAAGAAUAUUACACGAUCGAUUUUUAUUGCCAGCAGACCGGCCGAUGUUUUUGCAUAAAUUAUCGUGUUUUUCAGACCAGUUGAAAGACACUGCACACCUGGUAAAUCCACACGAAGGCCUGACUUUACCGGAUGUUAAGGAGGGAAAGUUGGCGUUGGUUAGAGGGAAGUAUUCCUACCAUCAUUACAUGCAGGAUGAUUUCAACGACAAUGUCUGGGGAUGCGCUUAUCGUUCUCUUCAAACCUUAGCAUCGUGGUUUUGGCAUCAGGGCUACACUGAUCGUACCUACCCUUCGCACGAAGAAAUACAGAAAGCGUUAGUUGUCGUAGGCGAUAAGGAUACCUCUUUUAUUGGAUCUAACGAAUGGAUUGGAUCGCUUGAAGUAAGUUUCUGUUUGGAAUAUAUGUAUGAUGUAACGUCUAAGACACUUCACGUGAGUACUGGCGCCGAAAUGGCAUAUAAAGGAAGAGAAAUUUAUGAGCAUUUUGUUACCGAAGGAACUCCCAUAAUGAUCGGUGGUGGAGUGUUGGCACACACCAUUGUUGGUGUGAUUUUUAAUGAACACACGAGCGAAAUUAGAUUUUUAAUAGUCGAUCCACAUUUUACUGGAAAGGACCAGCUGAAGACUGUUCAAAGUAAAGGUUGGGUUGGCUGGAAGGGGCCAGAAUUUUGGAACCAAACAGCUCAUUAUAAUUUGUGUAUGCCUCAAAGACCAAGAGUUAUAUAAAAUAGAAAAAUUUUAAAUUAUUUAUUUUUUCCCACAUAGGAACUUUUAAAUUUGAAGGAAUGCACUGGAAUAAAAACAAGUGUUUAGGAGAUAAAAAAAAAGUCAGAGAGAAUUCAGAA